AUGGCUUCCCACCACCACCGUCCCGAUGGCUUCCCACCACCACCGUCCCGAUGGCUUCCCACCACCACCCCUCCCACCACCAUCCCGAUGGCUUCCCAUCACCACCGUCCCGAUGGCUUCCCACACCAUCCCGAUGGCUUUCCCACCACCAUCCCGAUGGCUUCCCACCACCACCCCUCCCACCACCAUCCCGAUGGCUUCCCCCACCACCCUGAUGGCUUCCCAUCCCGAUGGCUUCCCACCACCACCCUGAUGGCUUCCCACCACCACCGUCCCGAUGGCUUCCCACCACCACCAUCCCGAUGGCUUCCCACCACCACCGUCCCGAUGGCUUCCCUUCCCACCACCAUCCCGAUGGCUUCCCAUCACCACCCGAUGGCUUCCCACCAUGGGCUUCCCACCACCACCGUCCCCACCACCACCGUGAUGGCUUCCCACCACCACCACCGUCCCGAUGGCUUCCCACCACCACCCCUCCCACCACCAUCCCGAUGGCUUCCCACCACCGUCCAUGGCUUCCCACCACCACCAUCCCGAUGGCUUCCCACCGUCCCGAUGGCUUCCCACCACCAUCCCGAUGGCUUCCCACCAAGUUCCGACCACCACCCCGAUGGCUUCCCACCACCAUCCCGAUGGCUUCCCACCACCACCGUCCCGAUGGCUUCCCACCACCACCCUGAUGGCUUCCCACCACCACCGUCCCGAUGGCUUCCCACCACCACCGUCCCGAUGGCUUCCCACCACCACCCGAUCCCUCCACCACCACCACCUCUCCCACCACCAUCCCGAUGGCUUCCCACCACCACCGUCCCGAUGGCUUCCCACCACCAUCCCGAUGGCUUCCCAUCACCAUCCCGAUGGCUUCCCACCAAGUUCCGACCACCACCCCGAUGGCUUCCCACACCAUCCCGAUGGCUUUCCCACCACCAUCCCGAUGGCUUCCCACCACCACCCCCGAUGGCUUCCCACCCACCCCGAUGGCUUCCCACCCCAAUCGACACUGGACCAUGA